ACAUUUAUAUAAUACUGUAUCUCUGAAAACAUCCUCUUACUGCUAACGCUGCUGCGGGUGGCCUAAACCUAACUUUCAAUUACGACCAAAAAGCUAAGUUUUGUUUUCAGGAUUUUUUACCAAUUUUGACUGUGUUUGUGUUAUCUAUUGGAAAUCCGCUUUCAUCUGUUGCAAAACGUUUGUAACAGAUGAAAUGUUUCGCUACGGAAUUCGACUAAUGAAUACACCCAGUUGUAUUGAACGUAACAAUAGGUCCCCCAAAUUGACAGCUGAGAGAGAAGAAAUGGCGAUGCUAGGAUCCUUUAGCUCUGCACAGCAGAAGAAAAAUGUUUCUGGAGGCGACAGGGACGUGACAGAGUUCCUCUGCCCGGUUUGUCUGGAGAUUUUUGAUAGCCCUGUCACAACACACUGUGGACAUACGUUUUGUCAAAGUUGUCUGCAGGCGUGCCUGCGGCCCCAAAAGCCAGUGUGUGCCGUGUGCAGGGCAGCACUGGGUCACUGGGCCAAAGCCACUGACCUAGAUGCCCUCAUACACACCUCUGUGGCGGCCUGCAAGGGCUGUGGAGCACAGGUUGGCCUGUCCCAAAUGAGAGGCCACACGGCAGCCUGCUCCAAGUACCAGGAGUACAUUGAGGAGGGGGUGAGGACCACUGCCCAGACCCAGCCUAACAUUAUCGGCCCUUUGCCGAAUCGCUUCACCUUCUCCUGCCCGUAUUGUAACUGCCAGAACCUUGACCAGGACGGCCUGGUGGAGCACUGCACUUCCCAGCAUGCCCGGGACACGCGCCACGUGGUGUGUCCUAUCUGUGCCUCUAUGCCUUGGGGAGACCCUAACUACAGGAGCACUGACUUCUUCCAGCACCUCAAGAUUAGACACACCUUCUCUUAUGACACCUUUGUCGACUACUCCACAGACGAACACACUAUGAUCCAGGAGGCUCUACAGCGCUCCCUCAUGGAGAACUGAGGUGGUGUAUGUCUGGAGGAAAAGGGGAUUUGGGUGGGGGGGAAUUGCACUGCACCCUCCUUGAGCUGGGCUAGUGGUGUAACCAUAGGCAACAGAAUAUUAAGGGUGGGUGCAACUUCCUGCCUGCAUAACCAGGAAGCUUUGAGCCCUACCGAACAACUCCUCUUAUCACUUUAAUAUUAGACAAUUAUCUUUCCAACAUAAAUAAACCAAUACAAGUUGAACACAGUUAAUGUGCUUUCUGGUGUAGGAGUGGUAGAAGAGUGAUGUCCCUGUAUCGCUCCAGGGAAGCGUGUUGUAAGAUCAUUCAUAAUCCACUGAGUCAUUAUGAUUUGAUCUGUUCAUUGAUAACAUUGUCAUGUAGGCCUAAUGUACCUGACUCCCAAAGUUAUGUUAGUUUGCUACUGUUGAUUCUGCAAUAAGAGGCUUUGACCACUAGGUGGCUACCCUUUGCCAACAAAAUGCAAUGAGACUUUGUUCUUCAAUGCGAGAAAGCAUUGUAAGAUGUAAACUGCCAGUAACUCUUAUUCCAGGAGGAAUGUGUUUAUAUAAUGUGUACUCUAAAUACUUUUCCUGAUAAGAAUAGAUGUCAGUCUCAAACCUCCCUGUGGCGUACACUUGUUCACACAAGAAACUUAAGUAGUGUUUUUGUCUUUAACUGUAUGCUUUUUGAUUUUUCUCCCAAGUAGAGACAUGGGUCAGUGUGUUGCCUCGGCGCCUAGACUACUGAAUAUGCUGAGAGAGGCUGCAUUCUGAGAGUAGGACUUCUAUGCAUGUGACAUAAGAGCCAUAUUCCUUGAAUGUGGUAUUCCUCCGUGUAACCUCUCACGGUUUUCGAGGCGCAUACUAGACCCUCUUGUUGGUAGAUGGCCUUCAUUUAAGACAUCUAAGUUAUUUAGUAUUGAUUGGUUAAGAUAUUAAGUAUGAACCUAAUACAAUCAGGCAGUAUCUGUCGUUUAUAUAGUUUAUCAUUGGACAAUUGGAUUUGAUGCCCCCAGUAGGCUGUAGUUCCCCAUGUUUGGUCAAAGGAGGGCAGUAGAGCUCCAUCACUCCCCAUCUAACAUUAGAGGCACUGUUCCAUUUCCAGCAUCAUUUCUAGACUUGCUAUUAGGAGUGCAGGCUUUCGUUCCGGUCCAGCACUAGCCUACACACACACCUGUUUCGAAUAAUCAACUACUUCAAUAUGAACCACGAUAAGAUGGAUCAAGUACUGGGCUGCAACAAAACCCUGCUUACCUUAACUCCUGGGUGACACCCUUGCUUGCUCUGCCAUAGCUGGGUGGCUUUCAAUAGCAGCGAAAUAAGAAAACAUAUUUAGGGUACAAACUUAUUCAAUAAGAAAACAUUUUGAUUUCUAUUUCAAAACAUUUUCUGCUAUCCGUUCCUCUUGAACAUGACCCUAAUGUUGAUGGUGAACAUUUGGAUGAGAAAUUCAGAUGCAUCAGUAAAGAAUGUGUUUUUAUUUGUGAAAGCGUAUCCUAUUUAAUAAAUGAUUUGUUCUGGAUUUGUAGAGCUACUGUAUCUUUCUCUUUUACAGAGCUUUCACAUUAUGCCAGAGUUACUGCCACAAGUUCAUAAAACAUACAUCGACUUUAAGUUUUAAUACAUUGAUCAUUUCCUUGACCACACAUAACUGAUGGAACCUUAAAGGGUGAGGCCUUUCUAUGCCUGGAAUGUGUAUGAGGGGGGGACAAUAACAUUGAAAUUGAAUGAUUUACAUUUUUGCCUGAUUUUUCAUAAGUGGAGGUUGAAAGUAAUAAUAAAAUGCAUAACUUUCCUUACAAUCAAUAAAUAGCUAGGUUAAUGAAGGUUUUUGUUUAUAAUUUGAGAUGUUCAUUGUGUAAUUUUUCUUAAGCAAACCUUGCAUUUAAAAUCUCCGAACCUGUGGUAACUAUAGGAUAAAUCACGCUCAGCUGAGUAGCACUGGUUCGGAGGCUGAAUCUGGUUUUGCAUAAUUGUACUUUAUACCAGGAUUUUUUUUUGUUUUGGUUUUUUUUCUCCAAUAAAAAUCUUUAUACGUGUGAUAAA